AUGACGAGCUUGGGCGAUGAGUAUGAUGAUGAUGAGUAUGAUGAUGAGUAUGAUGAUGAGUAUGAUGAUGAUGAGUAUGAUGAUGAUGAGUAUGAUGAUGAGUGUCUAGUGGACCUAGCAGAACUAGUCAUCUUUUAUCGACUAUCUUCUGUCAUCUAUCCUUUGAAACAGUCACAACGAGAAGGGGGAAGAGGAUUAGAGGCCGCCUCGCCUCCACCCGACGACCGCUCGUACCUGACGACCCCUCCACCCGACGACCGCUCGUACCUGACGACCCCUCCACCCGACGACCGCUCGUACCUGACGACCCCUCCACCCGACGACCGCUCGUACCUGACGACCCCUCCACCCGACGACCGCUCGUACCUGACGACCCCUCCACCCGACGACCGCUCGUACCUGACGACCCCUCCACCCGACGACCGCUCGUACCUGACGACCCCUCCACCCGACGACCGCUCGUACCUGACGACCCCUCCACCCGACGACCGCUCGUACCUGACGACCCCUCCACCCGACGACCCCUCCACCCAACGACCCCUCCACCCGACGACCCCUCCACCCGACGACCCCUACACCCGACGACCCCUCCACCCGACGACCCCUACACCCGACGACCCCUCCACCCAACGACCCCUCCACCCGACGACCCCUCCACCCGACGACCCCUACACCCGACGACCCCUCCACCCGACGACCCCUCCACCCGACGACCCCUCCACCCGACGACCCCUCCACCCGACGAACCCUCCACCUGACGACCGCUCGUACCCGCCCAGCAUCUAA